AUGUCUGUCGCCAAACAAAAGAAGUGGUAUCACAUCCAGUGGUACUCUGAUACAGAUACCCCGGAAGAGCGCAAGUUCAUUAUUAAACUUGACCUUCUUAUCGUUCCAUAUGCUGUGAUAGCCUACUGGGUGAAGUACAUUGAUCAGUCCAACCUGAAUAAUGCAUACGUUGCGGGCCUCAAAGAGGAUCUGGGCUUUAAGGGCAAUGAACUUGUUCAACUGCAGACAUUCUACAUCAUUGGCGCUGUCUUGGGCCAGAUCCCAUUCUUCUUCCUUCUCACCUACGUCCCCAUCCAUUGGCUGAUCCCUGGAUUGGACGUUUGCUGGGGAAUCUUUACACUACUGCAAUACAGAGUCACGAGCUUUGCUGAGUUGGCAGCUUACAGAUUCCUCGUCGGAUGGUUUGAAGCGGCUUUCUUCCCAACCAUGCACUACCUCUUUGGCUCCUGGUACAAAGGAAACGAAAUUGCACGUAGAGGUGGAAUUUUUUAUGUCGGUCUAUCUCUUGGAACACUCACGGCUGGGUUGAUCCAAGCUGGUGCAUCAGCUCGGCUUGAUGGUGUGAAUGGGUUGGAGGGUUGGCGCUGGAUGUAUAUCAUCUGCGCACUGAUCACCAUUCCAGUUGGUAUUCUGGGGUACUUCAUCAUCCCUGGUACACCUGAUCAGCCGAACCGCCGAGUGUUAAACCAGCAUGACAUAGAUGUUGGUGAACAGCGACUCAAGCGAGCGGGGCAUGGCAGUCACGACAAGAUGAAGUUAGGACAUCUGAAGAAGGUCGUUCUGUCACCCCAAUUCUGGGGCAUCAUUCUCGUUGAUGUCUUAUUCUGGAACGCUGGAACUCACAGUAGCUCUGGCUCGUUCCUCCUUUGGAUCAAGAGUCUGAACCGAUAUUCGAAGGCAAAGGUCAACGAGUUGGGUACCAUCGCACCAGCUUUGGGCAUUUUCUACACUCUCUUUGUUUGCUUUGCAUCAGAUCUUGUGUUGGGACCUGCAUGGGCUAUCACUGUUUCGACUGUCUGGAAUGCUCUUGGACUUAUCAUCCUCACCAUCUGGAACGUCCCCGAAUCAGCGCUUUGGUUCGCAUAUUCGACUAUCUACGCGUCGGUCGCCCUUUCAAGUGUCCUUCAUGGCUGGGUCAAUACGCAACUUCGAGCGUCGCCAGCCGAAAGAUCGUUCACUCUGGUCUUGAUCAACGCUAUCUCACAGUCGACAACAGCCUGGACACCUUUGCUCGUCUUCCCGACUGUCGAAGGACCUCGCUUCCCUAAGGGUUACCCAUUUGCUUUGGGUUGCGCUAUCGGUCUGCUGAUUGCGACGCAUGCCCUUCACCUGUGGCUAAAGCAUCGAGAUCCUCAAGCUGAAGCCCCCAAUCAGAUUGUAUCGGAGGAAACCGGUGAUAUUUCUUCCGAUACUGGGUCUAAGACUGCCAAUUCCAAAACUGCAUCUGUCAACUAAAUAGUCACUGGUUUGUCGCAUGGAAUGAUGUUUUGGGUGGCUUUUCGAUUUGCAUGCCAGAUACUAAAACUGUUGGAGAAAGUGAGAAAUGGGUGGUGGAAAAAACAUAUUCCAGUGUGAACAUGGCCGUAGGAAAGAACGAUAAAGUCCAUGCAAAGUCAUAGGAUACAAAUAGCAUCGUAAUAAAGGACAAUUCGUCGCUUUACUUGCCAAUUGCUGUGAUUCUGCUGAUUGAAUGCUCCUCUACCGGGUAGGCAAUAACGUAGCUGGGAUGCUGGCCAUGACUCGUGAUGAUCGCCCUGUUGCACCCCAAAACAGGGACCAAAACUUCACUAACGACUUUGGGGAAGCCGCUGAAACCCCUGUACACCAUAUCAACUACCGAUACAAACCCUAAUCGCUAACUCUUCGUGAGGAAAGGCAAUCUUGGUGAUGAAUGAGCACGCGAUUAUGAGAUGCUCGUUGCAC